AGCAAUCAUGAACAACAGUAAGUCCCCGCCCGAAUAUGCACCAACUGCAACCACAUCAUUCACAGUGUCAUCAUCAUCACCUCGGUACAAUUCGGAGAUAACCAAAUCCACACUUCUUAAAACUUCCUUACACAAGACUGUUUAUGAUUCACUUGCCGAGAUAUACUCCAUACUUCCCACCCUUGAAAUGUUGGAAGUCUCAUACAUCAAGGAUUACAUAACCGAUAAGGAAAAGUACACAUCUACUUCGUAUAGAUUGAUCAACCAAUAUCAAAUAAUCUUGAAGGGAUUUGUGGAGGAUCUGGACAAGUUGAAUCUCCUCAAAACGAUAUUACCUGGGUUGGACCACACCUUGUCCAACUUCUUACAGUUGCUCCUGAACAAGUUUCAUUGCAAUUGUACCCAUGCAAUUAAACGAUUACAAUCGGGUAUUCCUGCCACCAUUGAACAUUUAAGUACCCAGGUGGAAAGUCUACACCCUACCGUGUCUCAGAAUACAGCUACUACGCCUGCAGCACCAAAUGCAAACACGAGUGCGAAAUUGAUAUCACAAAUCACGGGUAAUUUCAUCACUUGCAUGGAUGCAGUCAAGUUAAACUACAAGACCAAGAGCCAAUUGCAUCCCUUGCUUAGUGAAUUGGUCGUCAAUUUAAACGAUCUUGUUGAGAAUGAACAGCAUAAACUGUUGGAAUUCUCGGGAAAAUCCAAAUUGGUGAAUUGGUUGAUCAAGAUUAAUAACUUGAAAGAUGGUGAAGAGAUAGGGGGCACGGAUGCAGACAGCUUUUUAAAUGAUUUGGAUACGGCCUAUAAAGGGUUCUAUACAUCUUUAGAGUAGUAGACUUAUACAAUAGAUUCUAUUUGUUCCGCAUACCCCAAUACAUUCUUGAUUACGGAUUCGUUAUCCACCUGUAAUUCCAGUUCGUUCUUGGUAAAAUAAAUAGCGCCAUUUUCAAAUCUCCAAUUGUCCACUUCGAAAGUGUCUCUCAAAAUCUUUUCAAAUGCGGCAUCGGAUUGUUCUUGUGGCAAGUACAACAAGUUCUUACAGUUGGAAAUAGGUAUUGAUUCAUAGGUCUUUUCUAACGAUUUGGCAAUUUCAAAACGCAAGGCUGUGAUUAAUGUAUCAAUAAAAUGAGUGUAUUCCUUACAUGGCAAAUUAGCUUCUUCUUUCAAUAAUUUCCAGAUCUUGAUAUAAUUACCUUCCAUUAAGUUGCUUUCUAAGUGAACGGGAAAAGCAAGAUACUUGUCUUGUUCAACAUCAUAAUGGUUUGAAUUGUAGAUGAUUUCCAACUCAAUGUGGAAUUUUGAGAUCAAUCCUUGACUCAACAAGUAUAACAAGUAUAAUGAAAUGAUUUUCGUGGCAUCGGUAUUAACAUGCACUUUAUUCAAAUUGUGUAAUUUGCCAUUGGAGUAGAAUGGACGCAAUUGGGCGAAAUAGUUUUCAAAUCCGCUGUAGUUGUUAGUUAAGAGCGAUGAUAAGGCCCCGAUUUCAAGGAUUCUUUGUGCGAUUUUCAAAUCAUUGAGUUGAUCUUUGGUUUGCGUGUUGGCUGGAGUGGGAAUAAGGAGAUUGUGUUUGAUGAGUUCGAGUUUGAUGGGGGCAAGAAGGACUUGACAUUGGUCAUAUUUUUCCUUUUCAAAAAGGGAAUAUAUUUCUGCUGUGAGGCUUUGAAGGGACAUGGUUGUGGGUGAUGUUGAUGAAUGAGCUGGUUGUU